ACACUGAUGCUGCUGCCAGGCCCCUAAUCUGCCAUGGUGCCCCUAUACCGCCUCCUCAUGCUGCUGCCAAGGUCCAGAGUCUCUCAUGUCCUGUCACUGUACGGCCUCCCCAUUGCUGCUGUCGGCCAUCGCCACACUCUGCCAUGUGCCACUUUCAGGUCUCCUCACACUGCUGGUGUGUUCCAUUUUUUUCAUAGGGUGCUGGCAGAUUACGGGCCUCCCAUAGCUGCUGCCGGGCCCUAAUCUGCCAUGGGGCCCCCGUACCGACUCCUCAUGCUGCUGCCAAUCUGUCAGGCCCGUUAAUCUGUCAUGGGCCGCCUGUUGUCGCUU